AACAGCAGCAGCAGCAGCAAGUUAGUGGAUUAAAGUCUCCGAAGAGGAAUGACAAACAGCCAGCCCUUCAGGUUCCCGUCUCGGUGGCUAUGAUGACACCGCAAGUGAUCACUCCCCAGCAAAUGCAGCAGAUCCUCCAGCAACAAGUGCUCACGCCCCAGCAACUCCAGGUGCUGCUCCAGCAGCAGCAGGCACUCAUGCUUCAACAGCAGCAGCUCCAAGAGUUUUAUAAGAAACAACAGGAACAGUUGCAGCUUCAACUUCUACAGCAACAACAUGCUGGAAAACAGCCUAAAGAGCAGCAGCAAGUGGCCACGCAGCAGCUGGCCUUCCAGCAGCAGCUCCUGCAGAUGCAGCAGUUGCAGCAGCAGCACCUCCUGUCCCUGCAGCGCCAAGGGCUGCUCACCAUCCAGCCCGGGCAGCCCACGCUGCCGCUCCAGCCCCUCGCGCAAGGCAUGAUUCCAGCGGAGCUGCAGCAGCUCUGGAAGGAGGUGACGAGCUCACACCCGGCGGAGGAGGCGGCCAGCAACAACCACAGCAGCCUUGACCUCUCCACCAGCUGYGUCUCCUCCUCGGCGCCCUCCAAGACCUCCCUGCUCAUCAACCCGCACGCCUCCACGAACGGACAGCUCUCGGUCCACACUCCAAAACGGGAGAGUUUAUCCCACGAGGAGCACUCGCACAGCCAUCCGCUCUACGGACACGGCGUGUGCAAAUGGCCGGGCUGCGAAGCCGUCUGCGAAGACUUCCAGUCGUUCCUAAAACAUCUCAACAGUGAGCAUGCGCUGGAUGAUAGAAGUACAGCCCAAUGUAGAGUACAAAUGCAGGUUGUACAGCAGUUAGAGCUACAGCUCGCAAAAGAUAAAGAGCGCCUGCAAGCGAUGAUGACACACCUGCAUGUGAAGUCCACYGAACCGAAAGCCACCCCUCAGCCCCUCAACCUGGUGUCGAGCGUGACGCUGUCGAAGACGGCGUCGGAGGCGUCGCCGCAGAGCCUGCCGCACACGCCGACCACGCCGACGGCGCCCAUCACGCCCGUCACGCAGGGCCCCUCCGUCAUCACCACCACCAGCAUGCACAACGUGGGGCCCAUCCGCCGGCGGUACUCGGACAAGUACAACGUGCCCAUCUCGUCAGCAGAUAUUGCCCAGAACCAGGAGUUCUACAAGAACGCCGAGGUCCGACCGCCCUUCACCUACGCGUCGUUAAUCAGACAGGCCAUCCUCGAAUCGCCGGAGAAACAGCUAACACUAAACGAGAUCUACAACUGGUUCACGCGCAUGUUCGCCUACUUCCGACGCAACGCGGCCACGUGGAAGAAUGCAGUGCGUCAUAAUCUUAGUCUUCACAAGUGUUUUGUGCGAGUAGAAAACGUUAAAGGGGCAGUAUGGACAGUGGAUGAACUAGAGUUCCAAAAACGAAGGCCACAAAAGAUCAGUGGUAACCCUUCUCUUAUUAAAAACAUACAGACCAGCCACACCUACUGCACACCUCUCAAUGCUGCUUUACAGGCUUCAAUGGCUGAGAACAGUAUACCUCUAUACACUACUGCUUCCAUGGGAAAUCCCACUCUGGGCAACUUGGCCAGUGCCAUGAGGGAAGAGCUUAACGGUGCAAUGGAGCAUACGAACAGUAACGGGAGCGACAGCAGUCCGGGACGUUCCCCUAUGCAAGCGAUGCACCCAGUGCACGUCAAAGAAGAACCGCUAGACCCAGACGAGAACGAAGGGCCGCUAUCCUUAGUGACAACAGCCAACCACAGUCCAGAUUUUGACCAUGACAGAGAUUAUGAAGACGAACCUGUAAACGAGGACAUAGAAUGAGUAUGUCUUGAAACCGUCACCCUGAGAAUGAAGAUUGGAAGAACACGUCAAGUCUCUCUGUGAAAUCUCUCCAUUAUUGUACAGUCUGGAGGGUUCUCAGUCCGCUUUGACAACUAUGAAAUAUGUUUAACUCUUAGUGCCAUCAAGUAUCCCAUUUGGGAGUAUUUUUGAUUUUUCUACUUUUUGUUGAAAAAAGGAAUUUGUACUCUGUGCAUUGGAUGGACUUGUUUGGUACUUGGGAUUUUCCUCUCUUACAGUCAACAUCAGUGUUGUAAAUUUGCUAAACUGAUUCACUUACAUUUAGCAGCCAACUGUGGACUGCAGGUCCUGCCAACUUUGGACACUUGAGGACAUCAAACUGAGCAUGUACACCUGAACUGCAGAUCAAGUCUUUGCCCAGAUUUUAAGGAUUCCAAUGGACAACAUAUUUGCACAGUACUGCAUGUUGAUUAUCACUGCCUUUACUCCAUUUUUUUUUUCCUUUGUUUUUUGAUUUUUUUUUUUGCUUCCAUUCGGGAUGGGGAAGGCCUGUGUGUGCACAUGUGUGGAUAUGUGUGUGUGCGUGUGAGUGUGUAUAUUGGGGAGGGGUUAAAAGAAAAAAUUAUCCCAAACUUUCUAAUGUAUUGCUUUUAUUCCCCCCCGCCCCACUUCUCCUCUACCAUUUUAAGUUCUGACCUCAGGCCUCAGCCGGGCCCAGGGCCUCUUGGAGGCUUAAACGUUUUCUGUACUUUGUGAUGAAUGUUAAUAGGUGUUUUUAUUAUACGAAGCUGAAUGUCAUUGAAUUGUUUGUAGUUUUUUCUGUCAUUCAUUCCAGUUUCCUUCAGAUGCCACCAUGUUUUCUUUAGCUAUGGAAAACAUUCCAUUUCGGUGUCUCUU